AAUCUGAAGUUUUUUUUUUUUUGGGAAAAAUUAAACUUGAACUGCUGAAAGGCAAACACUUUGAAAGCUGAAAGUGUUUUUUUUUCUUUCUCUCUUCAAAUUAAAACUACUAAAUUGAUUUGAGUGCUUCGGCCAUGGCGGUGGCUAAAUGAUCAAAGAGCUCUGUUUUUUAUGCAAGCGUGGCGGCGAAUAGAGGUGGGAGUGCUGUCUGAGCGAAGGACCCAGUUCAAUAAAAAGAUUGGUACAUUGUGGGUGAUUGUGCUUUCGCUGCGAUCCUUGAUGAUAUACACAGAGGCCGGUCUUGGAGGCUGAAGCCAUCCUAUUAAGGUAGAAGUUCUGUAGAUACUCGGACCAGUGACAGCAGCUAGUUCAAGAUUGUUUUGGUGCCUGUUCAGAAGUUGAAGAGACAUGGAUCAUAUGAGUGACAAAGACAAGUUUGUUGUCGAGAAGAGCAAUGGUGUUAAUGAUGUGAGCUAUGAUUCGGUUAACACGCCUGCAGACUGGAGAGUAUGUGUUUCUAAUCCAGUGUCUAUGCCUGUGGGUUCAUAUCCUCCAGAGAAUCCGAUGAUGUCUGCUUGUCCAUCAUCUUGUUCUCCAUCUCAGAUGAUGGAUUCAUUUGGACAAGCUCUUUGGCAUGAUCCCACCAGUGUACAGGCCAUUGGGUUUAGUGCUUUCAGUAUGCAGACUAAUGCGGGUUCUUCGAACGCAAUGGGGAUUGGAAAUGGCGAUAGACCUCUAGAAACGGGUUGGAAUCUUCCUAGUUUCUUGCCUAAAGGUAAUGCUCUUCUCCUGCCAAAUGCAAGUGGAUUCCUCCCACAUAGUAUGGUUCAUUUCCCAGCCGAUUCAGGCUUCAUAGAGCGUGCUGCGAGGUUUUCGUGCUUCAAUGGUGGGAAUUUCAGUGACAUGAUGAACCAACCUGUUGUAAAUCCUGAAUCUAUGGGUUUGUAUUCUCAAGUUGGGGGAGCAAUGCAAGGGCUGCAGGAUAUGCAAGUGGGAAGUGUAUAUAAACUAGCUCAUGGAGGACAAUGCCCGAGGAAUGAACUAAACGCCAGUGAACUUCCAAAUGAUGCUUCUACAGCAGUAAAAGACGGGUUCAAGAACGAUAUAGGAAUCGGGACUCAUGUUGGAUCCAACGAAGAAGCUAAAGUGGAUAAACCUGGAUCCAGUAAUAUGUCUGAAGAAACUCGGUCCAUUGGUGGCGGUCGGAAUGAACUGCAAGGUGGGGAAGUGAACUCUGGGGAAACCUCUUCCAAGGGCUACGACACGAAGAAAAGGAAAAGAAAUGGGCAGGAAUCUGAGCCGAAUCAGUCAUGUAGACCUCAGCAUUCAGGUGAAGAACCGGAGAACAAUGGUGCGAAAAAGCAAAAGGAUGAGCAAGUUACCAAUUCACCAGCUAACAUGACAAGCGGGGGAAAACAAGGAAAACAAGCUUCUGAUCCUACAAAGGAAGGAUAUAUUCACGUGAGGGCUCGAAGAGGCCAGGCCACAAAUAGCCAUAGUCUUGCAGAAAGGGUUAGGAGAGAAAAGAUCAGCGAAAGGAUGAAGUUUCUUCAAGAUCUUGUGCCGGGUUGCAACAAGGUCACAGGGAAGGCAGUUAUGCUCGAUGAAAUCAUUAACUAUGUCCAAUCACUUCAACGACAAGUCGAGUUCUUGUCGAUGAAACUUGCAACCGUAAAUCCUCAGCUGAAUUUUAACUUCGAAGGACUCUUAGCUAAGGAGGCCCUUCAGCUACGGGCUGGUCCUUCAUCUGCACCAUCAUUUCCCCAAAUGCCGAUGGCUUAUCCUCCUCUACCGCAACUCUCUCAACCAGGAUUCAUGCAGCCAACACUGUCUGGCAUGGGAAAUCCUUCUGAUAUCCUUAAGAGAACCAUCAGUUCCCCAUUGUUGCCCGUGAAUGGAGGAGCAUUCAAGAGACCGGAAACACAUGGAUGGGAAGGUGAUCUGCAGAAUGUUGUUCACACGAGCUACGGAGUCGGUUCUCCACUAGAAAAUCAAGCAGCAACAGAAUCUCUUCCGUCUGCUGACAUGAAGGUCGAGCAGUGACAGCUUCUUCCCUUCUCUAAUGGUUCAUCUUCAACGUUCAACCAGAAUGUGAAAAAUGGGAGGAAAGAAAAGAAGAAAGAAGAAGCUGGAUCAUGUUUCUGUAAUUUGUACAGCUCGGGAAGACGAAGCAGCAUCUAUUCAUGUUUUUACCCAGAAUUCUGGUUGAUUAAUUUCUCAGUGGAAUGGAGACAGAAGUGAUGAAGCCCUUUUGUAAUGGAGAGGCAGAUUCUGGGUGUUAAGAAAGAUCUGUGCUUUCUCUCUGUUUCUGUGUAUAGAUAGAUUUGAUAUAGAAGAGAAAAUGUUGAUGUAAUUUGUCUAAUGAUCAACAAGAACAGCGGCUUCGAUA